GGUAUGAAGAAGGCGUGGAGCGUACACGGGCUCGAGUAAACACCAGCAGGCUAAGCGAGUUGAGAGCCGAGGAGGCUCUCGCAGAUCGUUCAGAGAAAACAAGAGAUCUCAGCAUGCAGGAAAUUCGUACCUUGUCCAGUUUGGAUCGCUAUGGUUUCUUUGUCUCGUCUUUGCAUGAUCGUUUGGUGCAGCUUCCUUCUCUUCCGUUUUCCAAACGGUUGACAAGGGUAACUGCGGGUCCUAAAGGUGCUCCAGCCAAUGCCCUAUCAUUGGAUGCUCUCCCAGCUAUACCAUCUCCUCUCAAAGAAAAAUCGCGAAUCGCGAAAUGGGGGAGGAUGCUCGAAGUUCGCAGUCGGGACAAAGGCGGGAACGUCGAAACAUGGGGUAUCAAUGUUUCGAAGGAACGCAAGUUAAGGGAGCGAGUAUACAAGGGCAUUCCUGAUAGAUGGAGGGGUGCCGUCUGGGAAAUUCUUAUGAACCGCAUCUCUCAAAGUGGGCAUAAAGAGCUAGGGCAGCUCGAAAAGGCAUAUUGGGAGGAACUGGAAAAGGCCUCGACCUACGAUAUACAGAUUGAUCUGGAUGUGCCGAGGACAAUCAAUGGCCAUAUUCUGUUCCGCACCAGAUAUGGUUCAGGCCAACGCUCUCUGUUCCGUGUUCUCCAUGCCUUCUCACUGCGCUGCUCACAUUGCGGAUAUGUUCAGGGCAUGGGCCCUAUUGCUGCCACCUUUCUGUGUUACUUCCAACCCGAACGCGUCUAUGCUUCCCUUGUCCGCCUUCACGAUUCGUAUCUCAUGCAUACAAUCUUCAGUCCAGGAUUUCCUGGUCUGCUAGAAGCUAUUUACGUCCAAGAGCGGACUAUAGAGUUCAUGAUGCCCGAUGUUUAUGCUGCAUUCAAGGAACAUACCAUCUCGACCACGUCCUAUGCCACAAAAUGGUAUAUCACACUGUUUGCAAAUUCAGUGCCGUUCCAAACACAACUGCGGUUAUGGGAUGCCUACCUUUUUGAUGGCCAAGAUGUGUUCGUGGCUGUCGCUGUUGCGAUCGUAUGGGUAUAUCGAGACCAGAUAACGUCGAGCUCUGCCAGCUUCGAGACAGUGCUCUCCUUGCUCUCCUCUUUCUUUGUUCCCGAAGAUGAGGACUCGCUCUUAUUCUGGAUCGAGAACAUGCUUGGUGACAAGAAGCUUAGGUCACGCAUGGAUCAAUGGAGAAUCGACUGGAAACAGCUCGUUGCAACGGGACAAGAUAGUAAAGCCUUACUAUAAUCCCGCUUUGGUUCUCCACACAUCGUAUGUGCCCGUCUUGUUGCCCAAAUUUCGCUUUCACGAUAGUCUUUGCAUGGCCGCUCUGGUAUAUAUUGUGACUCAACCAUUGGUCAUUUGUAUCACUCACUUGCAUUUGGAAUGAACGAUUUGCUUAGUGCAAUGCAUACACACUUAAUAGCUCUAAUUGGUUAAUCCCAUUCAUGGAAUUGUUUUAUUUGUGUAUCAUCAACAGAAUUUUAUACAUCGUUUUUGAAAGGCUAGGAAAUGGAA